AUGGCCCUCCGCGCCAAUACAGCAGCGUAUACAUACCGUCUAUAUCCCACGCGGGGGAGUGCCCCCCACCCGACAGCGGUCAAGAUCAAGGUUUCGCCAUUCCCUCCCCAGCGGAGAGAGAGAGACUGCAAGCCCCCGGGCACCUUACCUACUACCUAG